UGGUUGUCACAUGGUUUCCCGGCUCUGCUGGGUGAGGGGAGGAGCAAGGUCCAUAAUCAACUUUGCCCCUGCCCCUGGCUGACCAGAAGGGAACAGACGGACCGACGGACCUGAGCCCUCUGGGAUCCUGGCCAUGCGGCUCCUCUGGGGGCUGCUCUGGGCGUUUGGCCUCUUCGCCUCCUCUCUGCAGAAGCCUAGGUUGCUUCUGUUCUCUCCUUCGGUGGUCAAUCUGGGGGUCCCCCUGUCAGUGGGGGUACAGCUGCAGGAUGCCCGCCAAGGAGAGGUGGUGACGGGAUUCGUGUUCCUGAGGAAUCCAAGCCACAACAAUGACCGCUGUUCCCCAAAGAAGGCUUUCACCCUUACCUCGCAGCAGGACUUUGUGCACCUCAGCCUGCAGGUUCCCCAGAGUGACGCCAAGUCCUGUGGUCUCUUCGGCCUGCGCAGAAGCCCGGAGGUCCAGCUGGUGGCCCAGUCACCCUGGUUAAGGGAUGUCCUGGCCAAAGAGACUGACACCCAGGGAGUCAACCUGCUCUUCGCCUCUCGCCGUGGUCACUUCUUUGUGCAGACUGACCAGCCCGUGUACAACCCUGGCCAACGUGUUCAGUACCGGGUCUUUGCGCUGGACCAGAAAAUGCGGCCGUCCAAGGACAGCCUCCUGGUCACGGUGGAGAACUCUCGUGGCCUCCGUGUGCGGAAAAAGGAGGUGCGAGACCCCUCAUCCAUCUUCCAGGAUAGCUUCCUGAUUCCGGACAUCUCCGAGCCAGGGACCUGGAGGAUCUCAGCCCAGUUUUCCGACAGUCUGGAGGCCAACAGCAGCACCAAGUUUGAGGUGAAGAAGUAUGUCCUUCCCAACUUCGAGGUCAAGAUCACCCCCAGGAAGCCCUACAUCCUGGUGACGUCCAACCAUCUUGGUGAAAUCCAAGUAGACAUCGAGGCCAGGUACAUCUACGGCAAGCCAGUACAGGGUGUGGCCUAUGUGCGCUUUGGGCUGCUGGAUGAGGAUGGGACAAAGAACUUCCUCCGGGGACUGGAGACUCAACUCAAGCUGAAGGAUGGCAAGAGCCACGUGUCCCUCUCGAGGGUUGAGCUCGAGGGUGCCCUGCAGAAGCUGCGCCUCAGUGUCCCUGACCUCCAGGGGCUGCGUCUCUAUACCUCGGCAGCCGUCAUCGAGUCUCCAGGUGGGGAGAUUGAGGAGGCGGAGCUCACGUCCUGGCACUUUGUGCCCUCUGCCUUCUCCCUGGAUCUGAGCAACACCAAGCGUCAUCUCGUGCCCGGGGCCCCCUUCCUGCUGCAGGCCCUGGUCCGAGAAGCAUCAGGCCCCCCAGCCCCUGAUGUUCCCGUCAAAGUCUCCGUCACACUGUCUGGGUCAGUUCCUAAAGUCCCAGAGAUUGUGCAAAACACAGACAGGAUGGGCCAGGUCAACAUGGCCAUCAACAUCCCAUGGGGCACCACGAGACUGCAGCUCUUGGUGUCGGCAGGCUCCCUCUACCCAGCCGUGGCCAGGCUCGAGGUGCGUGCCCCGCCCUCAGGAAGCUCUGGCUUUCUGUCCAUCGAGCGGCCGGACCCUCGGGCCCCAAGAGUCCAGGAAACGGUCACUCUGAACUUGCGGUCUGUGGGCCUCAGCAGAGCCACCUUCCCUUACUACUACUACAUGGUCCUGUCCCGAGGCGAGAUUGUGUCUGUGGGUCGGGAGCGCAGGCAGGAGCUGACAUCCGUCUCGGUGUUCGUGGACCAUCACCUGGCUCCCGCCUUCUACUUUGUGGCCUUCUACUAUCACAAGGGCCAACCUGUGGCCAACUCCCUGAGAGUGGAUGUUGAGGCCGGGGCCUGUGAGGGCAAGCUGGAGCUGCGCCUGGACGGCACCAAGGAUUACCGCAAUGGGGACAGCGCCAAGCUGCAGCUGCUAACCGACUCUGAGGCGCUGGUGGCGCUGGGUGCUGUGGACACAGCUCUGUACGCCGUGGGGAGCAGGACUCACAAACCCCUGGACAUGGCCAAGGUCUUUGAAGUCAUGAACAGCUAUAACCUUGGCUGCGGCCCUGGCGGUGGCGACAGUGCCCCCCAGGUAUUCAGGGCGGUGGGCCUGGCCUUCUCUGAUGGAGACCUGUGGACGCCUGUCAGAGAGACUCUGAGCUGCCCCAAGGAGGAAAAAGCCAGGAAAAAGAGGAGUGUGGACUUCCAGAAGGCCGUUAGUGAAAAGCUGGGCCAGUUUGCGUCCCCGGAGGCCAAGCGCUGCUGCCAGGAUGGGCUGACGCGGCUGCCCAUGGUGCGCUCCUGUGAGCAGCGGGCGGCUCGAGUGCUGCAGCCGGCCUGCCGGGAGCCCUUCUUGUCCUGCUGCCAGUUUGCUGAGAGCCUGCGCAAGAAGAGCAGGGCCGAGAGCCCGGGCGGCCUUGGGAGAGCCAUGGAGGUCCUGCAGGAGGAAGAGCUGCUGGAGGAGGACAUGAUCCUGGUGCGGAGCUUCUUCCCGGAGAACUGGCUGUGGCGGGUGCUGCGCGUGGACCGCUCCGAGACGUUGACAGUGUGGCUCCCGGACUCCAUGACCACGUGGGAGAUCCACGGCGUGAGCCUGUCCCAAAGCAAGGGCCUGUGCGUGGCCACGCCAGCCCGACUGCGGGUAUUCCGUGAGUUCCAUCUGCAUGUCCGCCUACCCGCCUCCAUCCGCCGCUUUGAGCAGCUGGAGCUGCGGCCUGUGCUCUACAACUACCUGGAGGAGAAUCUGACGAUGAGUGUGCACAUUGCCCCUGUAGAGGGGCUGUGCCUGGCUGGAGGCGGAGGGCUGGCUCAGCAGGUCCACGUGCCUGCGGGCUCCGCUCGGCCUGUGCCCUUCUUCGUGGUGCCCACCGCAGCCACUGCUGUGUCCCUGAAGGUGGUGGCUCGAGGGACCACCCUCGUGGGCGAUGCGGUGUCCAAGGUUCUACAAAUCGAGAAGGAAGGGGCCAUCCACCAGGAGGAGCUGGUCUAUGAGCUCAACCCCCUGGAUCACCGAGCCCGGACUCUGGAGAUUCCUGGCAACUCUGACCCCAACAUGAUCCCUGAGGGAGAGUCGAGCAGCUUUGUCAGGGUCACAGCCUCGAACCCACUGGAAACUCUGGGCUCGGAGGGGGCCCUGUCCCCCGGAGGCAUUGCCUCUCACUUGCGGCUCCCCACGGGCUGCGGGGAGCAAACCAUGACCCUCUUGGCUCCAACGCUGGCUGCGUCCCGCUACCUGGACAGGACGGAGCAGUGGAGCAAGCUGCCCCCCGAGACCAAGGACCGCGCUGUGGAUCUGAUCCAGAAAGGUUACAUGAGGAUCCAAGAGUACCGGAAGUCUGAUGGCUCCUAUGCAGCUUGGCUGAGUCGCGAGAGCAGCACUUGGCUCACCGCCUUUGUGCUGAAGGUUCUGAGCUUGGCCCAGGACCAGGUGGGCGGCUCACCUGAGAAGCUGCAGGAGACGGCCAGCUGGCUGCUGGGCAUGCAGCAGGCAGAUGGCUCGUUCCACGACCCCUGUCCAGUUAUACACAGAGACAUGCAGGGGGGCUUGGUGGGCAGCGAUGAGACUGUGGCGCUCACUGCCUUCGUGGUCAUAGCCCUCCAGCACGGGCUGAACGCCUUCCAGGACCAGAGUGCCGAGGCCCUGAAGCAGCGAGUGAAAGCCUCCAUCUUAAAGGCAGACUCUUACUUGGGAGGGAAAGCUAGUGCUGGGCUCCUGGGUGCCCACGCCGCUGCCAUCACAGCCUACGCCUUGACGCUGACCAAGGCCCCCCAGGACCUGCAGGACGUGGCUCACAACAACCUCAUGGUCAUGGCCCAGGAGAUCGGAGAUAAUCGGUACUGGGGCUCGGUCACCACAUCUCAGAGCAAUGUCGUGUCGCCCACCCUGGCUCCUCUCAGCCCCACAGACCCCAUGCCCCAGGCCCCGGCCCUGUGGAUCGAAACCACGGCCUACGGCCUGCUGCACCUGCUGCUCCGGGAGGGCAAGGCGGAGCUGGCCGACCAGGUGGCCAACUGGCUCAUGCAUCAGGCCAGCUUCCACGGUGGCUUCCGCAGUACGCAGGAUACAGUGAUGGCCAUGGAUGCGCUGUCCGCGUACUGGAUUGCCUCACAUACCACCGAAAACAAGGAGCUCAACGUGACCCUCAGUGCCAUGGGCCGGAGGGGCUUCAAGUCCCACAUCCUGCAGCUGGACAGCCGCCAGGUUCAGGGCCUGGAGGAGGAGCUGCAGUUCUCCCUGAGCAGCAAGAUUAGCGUGAAGGUGGGCGGGAACAGCAAAGGAACCUUAAAGGUCCUUCGUACCUACCAUGUCCUGGACAUGACGAACACAACCUGCCAGGACCUUCGGAUCGAGGUGACAGUCAUGGGCUACGUGGAGUACACGCGCCAGGCCAACGCGGACUACGAGGAGGACUACGAGUACGACGAGUUUCUGGCCGGGGAUGACCCAGGUGCCCCUCUGCGGCCCGUGAUGCCCCUGCAGCUGUUUGAGGGGCGUCGGAAUCGCCGCCGGAGGGAGGCCCCCAAGGUGGCCGAGGAGCAGGAGCCCAGAGUGCAGUAUACCGUGUGCAUCUGGCGGGAAGGCAAGAUGAGGCUGUCCGGCAUGGCCAUUGCAGACAUCACCCUGCUGAGUGGAUUCAGCGCCCUGUCUGCUGACCUGGAGAAGCUGACCUCCCUGUCUGAUCGCUAUGUGAGUCACUUUGAGACUCAAGGGCCUCAUGUCCUACUUUACUUCGACUCGGUGCCCACGUCCCGUGAGUGCGUGGGCUUUGGAGCCAUGCAGGAGGUGGCUGUGGGGCUGGUGCAGCCGGCCAGCGCCGUGGUGUACGACUACUACAGCCCUGAGCGCAGGUGCUCUGUGUUCUACGGGGCACCCGAGAAGAGCAAGCUGCUGUCCACCUUGUGCUCCGGGGAUGUCUGCCAGUGUGCGGAGGGGAAGUGUCCCCGGCAGCGCCGUGCCCUGGAGCGGGGCCUGCAGGAUGAGGACCGAUACCGGAUGAAGUUUGCUUGCUACCACCCCCGCGUGGAGUACGGCUUCCAGGUUCGUGUCCUCCGAGAGGACAGCAGAGCUGCUUUCCGUCUCUUCGAGACCAAGAUCAUCCAAGUGCUGCACUUCACCAAGGACGCCAAGGCUGCUGCUGAUCAGACCCGAAACUUCUUGGUUCGGGACUCUUGCCGGCUUCACCUGGAGCCCGGCAGGGAAUAUUUGAUCAUGGGCUUGGACGGCAUCACCUCCGACCUCAAGGGAGACCCCCAGUACUUGCUGGACUCAAAGAGCUGGAUCGAGGAGAUGCCCUCGGAGCGGCUGUGCCGCAGCACCCGCCAGCGGGCUGCCUGUGCCCAGCUCAACGACUUCAUCCAGGAGUACAGCACCCUUGGGUGCCAGGUGUGAGCACGCCGCUGUCUCCCCAACCCUGACCCUGACCCUAAUAAAGGCUUUACCAAA